ACUAGUGUGGAGUGGGAAGUUCAAAGACAUGGGAAGAGUGACGAAACUAUGGAUGUACAGAACAUGACCCAAAAUCAACCAGAUCCCGCUGUGAUACAAGUUUCUUGCGAAAGCACUAUCAUGGCUGGAGGUUCUCUGUCUAUCAAUAUGUCAGGAACUACAUCCGAUCGUUACGAAAAUUCUUACAAACCUUUGAAAAAUCAAUCUAUGUCUUUGAAAUCAAAUUUGUCCAAAAGCAAUAGCGCAGAAUUAAAUUCUCUACUCAGUUCACUGUCAGAAAGCAACAUAAAUGCUAAAAAGUCUUACAAUAACAAUGAUCUAUACAGGUCAAUAAUUAUGAAUCCACAGCAUAGGAAUGGUAAUUUUAGACUUGAAAUUGUGAAUCAUCAUGAUAAGUGCAAAGCUCACAAUUUGUGCGUUGCUAAAGAGAGCGAAGCAAAACAAAGUUAUACUUAUAUCAUGGAAACCUGCGACAUCGAGGACUGCCUGGUUGCCCCGGUGGCCCAAGGACAAUUCACGCCGCUACCGGAAGCUCUUUGUUGGGCAAUUUUGGAAUUGACUUCUCAGAGGCAAGCCGCGACGUUGGACACGCUCAGAUCAGCGCUGAGGAACGCUUUUCCAGCGAUGCAAAGACCGAGUCGCGAAUUGGUCUACGACGCGCUAGCCAAGUUGAUGCAAGAACGAAAGAUCUAUCACACGUCCCAAGGCUACUUCGUCGUCACGCCGGAGACCAGGAGGCUGAGGCGCGACUCCAGCAACUCGAGGAGAUGCUCCAGAGAGGUGAACGGAACCAGAGGUCAGGGCAGUAUGCUCAUGUCCAACGAUGAGGCAAUGGCGCUCGUACACGGCGAGAUGUUAACCCUGAGAGACGGCGACGUGACGCAUCAGGCCGUGCAGACGAAUCUCGCUGACGUUAUUUGCGGAGGUAAUCCGAACGACAAGGUUCUGUUCGCGAGAUGCCGAUCGAUGCCGGGCCGCCUCGAGAGGCGACACUCCCUGCGGCUCUGGGGAUCCGCGAGACGCUUGCACAGAAGCGGAAGUUCGCGGUCCUUGCCACGGAGGCCGGAGAGAAGCGACACUUCUUCGAGCGCUGAAUACGCGAGCACCGACAGCGCGCCUCAUAGCCCAACCAAGAAAAUAGGUCUACUCUCCAGGCUGUUCCGACGCAGCACACGAAGGAAGGGUGCACCGUUGAUGGGCACGUUCAGCGCACAGUAUCCUCCUACCGAGUGGUUCAACCCGCGUGUUGUCCACUUGCACAGCGUGGCCACGCAAACGAGAGCCGCUAGCCCUUCGAUGAUGGAGGGUCUAGAUCAGUCGCAGGCCAGUUUCCAAGUAUGGGACGAUUCGAGCUCCGUGAGAUCAGCCACGCUGCCUAGGCGACAUCGACGCCAGGCGAGCGGUGAUUCUUCUAGUUUAUUGGCGAACUCGACGCCGAGGAGUUCCAGGCGACAUCGAUCACCGUGCUCCACGCUGCCCCGUUCCAAGUGCUCGAGCCUCAGCAGAUGCACGUCCAGAGCCUCUGUUCUGCCACCGAGCACCAACCAGGAAUCGUACCAGGCGCGUAAUCAGACGCAGAACGGGAAGAACUCGACCAACUCGUCGCCGAGUCGAAGCGGUGGAAGUUCCGGUUCCGUUAGGACGACGAACGCGAGCCCGGCGAAGACGGCCACGCUCGGCAGAUCCAGCACGAGACAGUCCAACUCGAGAAGACCGAGUCACGACUCCACUGGCAGCGGUACCAAAUCGAACGGAUCGCCUCAGCAUAAGAUUUUGCAAAAAACAUCGUCUGGCCACUCGUCCCACUCCAGUGGAAAGUCGAUCUCGAGCGGUAAACUCUCCUCCUCGCCGUUGAAAACGUCCACGCUGCCAGCGAAGUCCUCCCCGUUGAAAGUGGUCCAACAAGGGUCGCUGACUCCCCUUCAAGAGGCCCAGAACUCGAUCACUCUGCAGGUGUCCACGAAUUUAACGCCGGUGAGCCCGUCGCAGGAGCAACGAGCGAUUCAGAACAGCGUGACACUGGCCUCGAAUGCGACCAGCACGACCACCAUCUCCGGCUCGCCGGGCACAAAGAUCUACGUGCAGCAGAACAACUCUCCCAUGAGAUCCGUAAUCACGUUCGAGAACGGCACGGUGAAGACCAAAGUGGCCGAGAAGGAGACGAUGGAUUGCAAGGAGAAGCAGGACCGUGAAUUGAUCAGCGAGAAACUGUACAAGAGCAAGAUAGACGAGGAGAAGCUGUUCAAAUCGAAGCUCGACGAGGAGAAGUUGAACAAGUCGAGUAAAAUCGAGCGUCCGUCGUCCCUCUACGCUUCCAAAGAAUCGAAACCAAGCCUCCUCUUGUCGGAGUCCGACAAAGAGAACAAGCCGAAAGCCGAGGAGGAAAUGCCUAACAAACUGAAGUUGACCAAUCGUUUGAACAACAGCCAGGCACACCUGAUCGACGGUUCUACCAACAACAUCGACAAAAAUUCCUUGGUAAACGAUCAUCCGCCGUCGGCGUUGUCCAGCAUGAAGAACACGAACGACGCGAUGAACAACUCGCGUAAACUGAGCCUGUCGUUGUCGAAAGACGCGCUCAGCUACAGAAAUCUUCUCCGUCCAGGCUCUAAGAACAACAUCGCCUCGAAUCCGCCGUCCCCUACGAAAUCGUUCGACGGUUUCGGCGGUUCGUUCAACAACGUCUACAUAGAGAAUCUGGAGACUACGAAGCAACAGAGAGCGCCGCAAGGCUCCGAACCGAAUCUGGAGAAAACGGUGAGCCGAGGUGAUCUCUACACGUAUCCGAGCCUGAGCGACAUGCAGGUCCAAUUUACCAGCUUGGCGGCGCAGAAGAUACUAAAGGGUUGUCCUAUCAACAGCGUGGACACUUUGGUCGAGGUAAACAUGGCCGCCGCAGAGAAGCCGAACAACUGCGACGUUACCGUUCACACCGACUUUGGACUCGUUUAAACGUUUUCUUUCCUCCUCGUUGAAAAAGAAAAGGGAGGAAACGUGGAACGAUCGUUUCGUACAGUGAAAGGUUGAACUUUAGCACGAUGAACUUCUCGGUAUCUCGUAUGCUUGCGUCGUGGUAGAGUAUGUUAAAUAGGAGACAAAGAAAGAAACGGGAAUUGGAACGCGCUGUACUGCUUAAGCAUAUAGAGAGAGAAUUGUAACAGUUACCAAUAAAUAAACAUUUGUUACGUUCAUGAAAACGUAUAUAUCGUACGUGUAUCACAUGUUAUAUUUUUACCCGACAGGUUUUACGAUAUAGACACACGGAUCGUUCACGUUUAAUGCUUAAACAUCGAUAAUCAUUCGGUUGAUUCUCGAGCACUGUGCUUCCAUUGAUCAUCUAUAUGCUUACGCGGCUGAACGUUCGAUAGCGUUGUAUAAAAAAUGAUAAACACGAAGCCAGCCAUUCCACAGAGAGUAUUCGUUUUAGCUUAUUCAUAGUUGUCCAACACACACGAUAAUCCGGUCAGAUACACUACCGGCCAAAAGUUUGGAAUC